AUGUUACCAAGACACGGAUUGUGUGAAUAUCAGAAAAGAAAAAGCCAUCCCGAAAUUCGGACAUGUUACUCGAAAUUGAAGAGGAGAGAUGUGACUCUUAACAUGGAUAUACCUCACCACGACCUAAUCAGCAUCCCAGUAAAGGGAGACACACACGAUAAGACUGUCAACUGCAAAGCGGCCCUGAAAAGUAUGGCGAGUCGUCAUGUGGAUUUCAGGCUUGCAGCAGCGCCAUCCUGGAUGGAUAUGACAAAGGAAGAUAUUCUAGCGCAAGCAAUUGGCGAGGUCGAAACUAUCAGCCUGUUUUUCCCAGAAGUCCGGGUAGAACAUGUUCGUGUCUGUAUGGCAGCAUGGUUAGGUGUUUUCUGUACUGUUGAUGACUUGAUCGAGCGGAUGACGCCUAGCGAGGCAGAAGCUGCUAUAGAGGUCUCCGUUGCAGCUCUUCAGGGAAAGGAGAGUGUUGAAGAGAAAUCCGGUUCCAUUUCUUGUGCGGGCGAAGUAUACUCCCUCAUGUCAACCUUCCGCGAGCACUGUUGUCGAUAUCUCUCCGAAGCAGGAGCGAAAGAGUUCUUCUACGAGAUCGACAAAGUAUUUAAUGGCUUUGUUGAGGAGAUCGGGUUUCGGCAGGGCCAUACAAUUCGUGACUUGAAGAGAUAUAUGGAGAUUCGAACUAGAACCAUCGGGAUCGCUCCAUUCUUCGCUCUAAUACGCAGCGAACUCCCUCCUAGCGAUUAUCCGGAUGACUUCGUGGCUGUGCAGAAAGCAGUGGAUAUGGCCGUGGGACUCCAAAAUGACCUCAUUGGACUAGAGAAAGAUCUUGAGAACGGAGAGUUACUUAACGCAGUUCUGGUUGUGAUGGAGCAACAGGAAGAGGAAGGCAAGGAACAGGAUCUUGCAAAAGCCGUUGAAGCUAUCUGUGCAUUGCAUAACCAGAACAUUGCCGAUGUGGUACGGACGCUUCAAAGAAUCCUGCUAGAGGGAAAGGGAAAUCCCACGGCAAUAAUUGCGAAUUCGCAACUUCUCUUCACUGAGACCCAUUUUAGAUGGUGUACGACGGCAAAGAGGUAUAACGCAGGACCGGAGGAGAGUAGGGACUGA